AUGGCUCCCUCUUCAUCCAUCGUCAGCGACGAGACCAUUCCUCAGCGCACCAGAAGCAAGUCUGAUGCCGAGAUCGACUAUUCAUCAUCAAAGAUCUCUACUACAGAGAACUCCACCGAACAUUGCUCGUCGGGUAUCCAAACCGACCUCUCGUUUGAUGAUGCUUCGUCCGUCGAGCCCGUUGCUGCAACCAUUGACGGCACGCACGACACCUUUGACCAGAACACCGAUGACUACGAAGCAGUCAACACCGAUGAGACCUCAGUCGUCAACCAUGCUCCACCCUCAGAGCAAACCUGGUUCAAUGGUGUCUUGGUGACUGCGGAGAACGCACAAGCAAUCUUCUCUCCUGCAGCAUGCAUCUUUGUCGCCAACCUGGAUCGCACUCGCACUAGAACUGAGCUUACGAACGAGGUCAAGGACAAAUUCGCAGAAAUCGGCCAGUGCUGGGUCAAGGUUCGCUUCGACAAGAAGAACAUUCCCGCUGCCUUCGUACAGUUCAAGACGAUCGAGGAAGCUAUGGAAGCUGAUGCCCGCUUCCACGGUGCCCGCAUCUCCGGACGUCCCUGCCGCAUUAAGUAUGCCAGAGCUCCACGUACCGUCUUUGUCGCACGCCGUGAUCAGCAAGAGCUUUGCCCACCUGAGGCAAUGUACUACCUUCGUCCUUUCGGCAGAGUGGAUCAUUGGUGGACGCCAUGCCACACCGAGAGAGCUUUGUACAACCUGCCUGCCGGUGCCUUCUUCCGCUUUGAGUUGUUCCAGCCAUGCCAAGAGGCCCUGAGAGCUCUUCGCAACCACCAGACUCUUACCUUCACGCUCGCACAAGUGGAGAAGCGCAAGCCUGCUAUCACCUCCUACAACACUAUCCUUCCUGAAGUCGUCCCUAACGCCAUCUACAUUGGUGAUCUCCCCUUCCACAUCGACGAGAAUACUUUGCGCAUGAUCUUCAGCCACUAUGGAGCCAUUUCCAAUGUCGACAUCCGCAAGAACUUCAGCAAGGGUAUCACUUUUGCUUUCAUCUUCUUUGAGAAGCCUCAUGCUGCUGCUAUGGCCUGCCAAUUCCCUUGCGUCUACGUCAGCGGUGAACAUCUCUCUCGCGUCGAGCCCAAGCGUAAGAGACAUGUCCCUCGUCCUACUCUGCCUCAGAUCUACAACUACUUCGACGACAUGGAUGGCGACAUGCCCUUCUCCCGCGGAGGCCACGACUACACCUACAAGCCAGGUGACUCUUCUUAUACUCCCCGCUACAUGCGCGGUAACUGGCCUCCCUACUAG